AUGGAAGCAAGGAUGGCUUGGAGACUCCCAGCAAACGAAUUCAUUCUGCGUCGGUUUCCCGAACAAGCGGUGGUCCGGGCGCAGACCGGGGAGGGGCUAGUCCUGUUCGGGCUAGUGCGGCGUGAUCUCGCGCUGCCCACGCGUCGGCCUGAUGCUUCAAGCGAUAAGAAUAUCACAUGCGACUUCUUCAAAGCCCCACUCGACCUCUUCAACGACAAUGGACCCAAAUUUCCGAGUCUGAACUCCUUCGAAAUUGAUCCGUCUAAUGAGGAUCAACGACCGGAGUCGACUGUCGAUGCAUCCAGCGAUGGCCUAUCGAUUCUCGACCCUGACUUACAAGAAGACGAUGUAUCGGAGGAAAUAUGGGCACCCGAGAACUUAAAUUACAACCCUGGUAACCAGAGAAUAUUGAAGUCAUGGGAGAGCUACCAAGAUCGAUUGCACCGCGAGCCCACCUCCGCGUAUUUCAGCGAGUCUGGCGCGAAGGGCUUUGAUGGAUCGUUGGCCCAUCAGGCCGCACAGAAGGGCCCCGGAGGUACGCAACGUAUCGUGCGAAAUGACGUCCUUUUUCAAUCUCUGUUCAAGCUAGGAUUAGGCUGGAGCUCUAUCUUGUUUCGCUACAACCAAGAAGAUCAAACAUUUGAGCAGGUACUCGGAAACCUGCGCAUAACUGGCGUUAGCGUUUUGGCUGUGCAGAGUUUGGCAGAUGAGUUACUUGUCUGCGGAUCAAAUAUGCAAAAGAUCCGGGGUUUUCUCGGCAAAAAACCUUCCAAAUCUCACGACCUUUCGGCGCUUUCUACGCUUUCGAGUGCAACUGCAGUGAUCAUGUACACAAUUGAAAAGGAACUCACGAAAUACUCGAAGCAUAUCACCUCGCUCAUCCAGAUAAAAUCAUUGUUCCAGCGAAGCGGUGAGCUGGUAAGUGCUCUAGCGAAUAUGGUCGAGGCUGCUGAAAAGGCUAUCUCAGAGGCACAUUUGAUUUCCAUUGUGCUUGAAAGAGCCGCUCAUUAUUCACAUGCCUUUGGUCAACUAGAAGACCUCUUCCGCGAGGUUGUGGUUCGAUUGAUUGAGUCUUUUUUGAGCUAUGUGGAAACUUGGAUUGGCUUCCGUCCCGAGACCUCGACAUUGAUGGAGUUGGCAGACAAAGGCCAAAGUUUUAUCUCCCUCGAAUACCAUGACGAAAGCGGUAAGGCCGCCUCCAAGGCACCAAGACUCGAUUUCAGAUAUCGCCCUGACCAAAUGCCGUCCUUCAUCCCCACGGAUCAAGCACAGUUGAUCUUCGAGAGCGGGCGAAGCCUUCGACUUCUCAAACGAUUUCAUCCACAGCAUCCUGUCAUGAGUAGCAAUAGAUCUACCGUUCACUCUGCAAAACUUCAAUGUGUCAGUGCUUGGAACGACAUUGAGAGAAUCCAGAACAAGGCCGAUGAGUACGAGAAGAAACUUCGAGCUGAAAUACUGAGGUACAAUAGCGGCGAGGACUCGGAAGAGGCAACAAUACAGCCUACUAUAGAUACCUCAUCAUGCGACAAUGACAACGAGGUGAUUGCCAAUACCUUUGGUUUGUUUGAUAUCGACAACGAGCAGAGUCUAACGGGCCUACUUGCCAACUCGUCCUCCAUCGAAAGAGAUAAAAUUGGCCAAAUUCUUGAAGAAACAGGAACGGCAAACCUAGGGUUGUAUCAAGAUGGCAAGAGUUGCUUUGGCCCAGACUUGAUAUCCUCGCUUUACUUGUCACUUGCGCCGUUACUGUCUUCUCAGGCACUGCUCAUUGACUUCUCUUGUCUUCAUCUUCUGUUCAAGGAACACAAAAUCAGGUAUCAUCUUACCUUGCAAUGGCGUUUCCAACUCCUCGGAGACGGCUUUUUCACGUCUCGUCUGUCACACGCGCUUUUCGACCCAGAAAUGGAAAGUGGCGAGCGCAAGUCUGGAGUGGUCCGAGGCGGCGUUCACACCGGCUUGCGCCUGGGGAGUCGUGAUACAUGGCCUCCAGCAAGCUCGGAGCUACGAUUAGUCCUAAUAGGUCUUCUCAAUGAUUGUCGCAAUGCAGAUGAUCGCUCAGAGAGUUCAGGAAACGCCGAGUUUCGUAGAGACACGGAAUUGCCGGGCGGUCUCAACUUCUCAAUUAGGGAGUUGACGGACGCGGAAAUCGCUAAAUGCAAAGAUCCGAAUGCCAUUGAAGCUCUCGAUUUUCUCCGAUUACAGUAUAAGCCGUCAGAUGUGUUGGACGCUAUCAUAACUCAGCAGUCCCUGAACAAAUACGACCGCCUGUUCAAACACUUACUCCGACUCCUUCGUAUGGUUUCGGUUGUCAAAGGUCUGAUUCGUGAUUCUACGGCCAGAGACUCCCUCGCGGGCGAUACGCGGAAUGUAUUUCAACGAUUCCGCGUGGAAUGCCAACAUUUCGUCCUUGCCCUGAGCGACUACUGCUUCCACAUCGGGGUAGGAUCAACGUGGCUGCGAUUCCAAGAUACGCUUUCCAAAAUCGAUUCUUGCCUCGACCGGGGCGACGUCGACGGCACCAUCGAAGCGGCCCAGUCCGUUCAUAGAUUAAGGGACUACCAUGAAGACAUUUUGGAUCAAAUGCUUUUUGCCUUAUUUCUUAGCAAACGGCAUACGGAGGCAGCGAGGCUACUCGAGGGUAUAUUCACCACAAUCCUCAACUUUGCCCCCUUGUCAAGGUUGGACGGCAUGCGUGGCGUGCGCCAUGAGAGUGAAAUCACCGUGCAUCGGCUUUUUGCUCUUUUUCGGAAACAAACCUCGGCGUUUGUGGGCUAUCUACGCAAUCUGGAUGGCAUUAAAGCGUCUUCGAAGUCUCUCGGUCGGUCUGGUACAACCUUUGCUUCGAGAGGAGAUCCUACGAGCGUUUUCGAUCACCUUUUGGCACGACUGGAUGUCAAAAUGUAUUACUGA